AAUGUUGUUUAUUUUCUAGAGAGAACCCCAAAAACAAUGGCACUCCUCCCAAUUCACAAUGCUCUCCUCCCAAACCUCUCCCUCUCCUCCAAACCCUCCCCCUUAUUCCUCUCCCCCAAAACCCCAUUCCCCCUCCUCACCAAAACCCACAAAACCCACUCCACAGUGACCAUGAUGAGCAUGGAGGCCGGCAUCGGCGUCAUGGCCACCAAGCUCGGCAUGAUGAGCUUCUUCGAGCCCUCCGGCAAGGUCGUCCCCGUCACCGUCGUCGGCUUCAAAGAAGGCAACAUCGUCACCCAAGUCAAAACCCAAGCCACCGACGGCUACGACUCCGUCCAAGUCGGCUACCGCCGCAUCCGCGACCGUAAACUCACCAAGCCCGAAAUGGGCCACCUCCAAAAAGCCGGCACCAUCCCACUCCGCCACCUCCAGGAGUUCCGUCUUCAGGACAUUCAAGGCUUCGAGCCCAACCAGAAGCUCGACUUCAACGAGCUCUUCAAGGAGGGAGACCUCGUCGACGUCGCCGGCACGACGAUAGGGAAGGGGUUCCAGGGAGGGAUCAAGAGGCAUAAUUUCAAGAGGGGGCUGAUGACUCAUGGGUCCAAGAGCCACAGGCAGCUUGGGUCGAUUGGGGCCGGGACGACGCCGGGGAGGGUUUACAAGGGGAAGAAGAUGCCUGGGAGAAUGGGAGGGACUAAGACCAAGAUUAGGAAGCUUAAGAUAGUCAAGAUUGAUAAGGAGUUGAAUGUGGUUAUGAUCAAUGGGGCUCUUCCUGGUAAGCCUGGGAAUCUUUUGCGUAUCACUCCGGCUAAGAUUGUAGGAAAGAACAUUCCUAAGAAUUAAGGUUCUGUUUCGGAGUUGGUUUCUUCUGGUUAUUGUUUUGUUCUGUUUUGUGAAUUUUUGUUGUUGUUGUAUUGUCAAUGACUCGUAUCGGCAAUCUGGCUGCGAAUUUUUAAUA